CUUUCAGUGCUGCAUUCCUUUUUGUCUGUUACUGCAGUUGUGGGCAACACUCUGAUCCUAAUCGCUCUCUACAAGGAAACUUCACUUCAUCCGCCGUCCAAACUACUCUAUCGUAACCUCGCAGUGACUGAUAUAUGCGUUGGCAUCAUUCUUGAACCGCUUGCUGUUACGUAUUGGAUAGCUCAUUUGACUGAACGAUGGACUGUUUGGCGCUACGCACUCGACUCAAACUUAAUCAUCAGCUAUAUUUUAUGUAGCGUGUCUUUGCUGACAAUGACUGCCAUAAGCGUGGACCGACUUCUCGCCUUGAUGCUAGGUCUCAGAUACAGACACGUUGUGACUUUGAAAAGAACAUAUGCAUCGAUAACCAUGUUUUGGGUUGUGUCCAUUGUAGGCGCAACGAUGUACUUUCUGAAUCCCCUAAUUACUUCAUGGUAUGAAAAAAUUGGUAUAUCAUUAUGUCUGAUCACUUCAGCCUUCUCUUACACAGCCAUUUUUCUCACUUUGCGUCACAACAAAAUUCAGCUCGAUGGUCAUGUUUCUCAAAAAAGAUCGAGUCAAGCAAUUCCACUGAACAUAGCUCGGUACAGAAAGGCAGUGUACAGUGCACUGUGGGUGCAAGUAACAUUGGUUGUUUGUUAUCUGCCGUAUGGUAUAGCGGUAGCUUUGAAGCCUCGAGAGGGUUACCCCUUACCUUUUUACCUUGUUAUGAAGUAUACUGUUUCAUUAGUGUACUUAAACUCAUCUUUAAACCCUUUGUUAUACUGCUGGAAGAUCAAAGCAGUCAGACAAGCGGUAAAAGAAACACUCAGACACAUUUGCUGUAUUAAGAGUUAGACAUUUGGGGAGCAAGGGAUGGCGCAGUGGUGAGAGCGCUCGCCUCCCACCAAAGCGGCCCGGGUUCAUAUCCCGGCGUCGACACCAUAUGUGGGUUGAGUUUGUUGUUGGUUCUCUCCUUUGCUCCGAGAGGUUUUUCUCCGGAUACUCCGGUUUUCCCCUCUCCUCAAAAACCAGCAUUUCCAAAUUCCAAUUCGACCAGGAAUCAGGUAGACGAAGAACCACUUUGUGGAUGUGCUACCUCCAAAUCAUUAUUUAUUUAUUUAUUUAUUUAUUUAUUCAUCGGGCAGUAAUGUUCAGUUUCGAUUUAGAAUCAAAGCUUCCAGAUUCGGAAUUCCGGUUUAAAAUUUUAAACUGCAAAAACUCCGUUUCGUCCAAACUGUGGCUGAUUCCAUCGAACAUUUACAAGUGUGAUGUUACUUAACCCGUGAAAUAGAUAGUAGACAACUACGCACUAUUAUACACUAAUAGACCUUUUUACCGAUACGGCAGCCAUAUUAAAUUUAUUAGAUUUAAGGAGAAUUAUGGAAUGCCCAGGGGGGCACUCGCUCAGUAUUUACGCGCGCGCUUCGAACAAAAGAGAACUUCACUGUUUAUUUCACAGGAAAAGGGCGAUUAUUGUUACAUCCGAACACAGCACAACGAUCUUUUUUUCCCAUUACAAUCUUUUUCUAGGAAAACUUAAAGAAAAAUUGGCCCGAAAAGCGCGCGUAAAUGCUGAGCGAGUAUAUCGGAUCGUGCUCAUGCCCCCUAGGCAUCCCAUAAUACCCCUAUCUAAUUAAUUCAUUAUGGCCACCGUAUCGUUAAAAAGGUGUAUUGCAUUGUAUUCUUUUGUGUACAUGUAGCUGUUUGGAAAAUUGUUGGUCUCAGUUUCAUAGGUUAAGUUAAAUCACUCUAAUUUCCCAGUCAAUUAUCUUUUGAGCUUCGCUCCUUCAAGUUUUAUUCAUCGCAAAUUUGUCCGAAUUGGUGCCGCGCGUGGAUUGCUUUAUUUCAGUUACUUUUUGUUUUUCCUUCCUUUUUUAGGUUUUUUAGGUACGGUAAUGUAUCCUACUAAAUUUAAAACAAAAGAAAAACAAAAAUUCACUGAAUACAAAAUUACCUACAACAUACAUUGUAUACAUAUGAAUACAUCGGGUUGGUCUCCGCUAUCGCUUCGCAACAAAGCCGCUACAAAGCGAACUACGACAAACUUAAUCGGUUGUUAUUUGCCAUCUUUUCAGGGGUUCUUUACCAGGCCAACUAAGGCGUAUUUACAUCAUUGAACUUCGUAUGACAAGGAAAAGGGACAAAGUAAACAGCCAUCUUAAUUAGUUAGAAACGUUAAUCAGUGGACUUUCCAAUAGGUGAUAUUGUAAGCUUUAAUAAAGCCGCCCGGGAUAUUCUUUGCCAUGUAGAUAUUGUACUGAUGUAUGACAUAGAUUUUUAGUAUGUAUAGUUAUAGGUUUAGGGGUGUGUAUGUGUGACUUGGUUUGCUCUACUUGAUCUCAGUUAUUUUGUUCUUUAGAAUUUACACAGUUCAGCCAUAGGAUUAAACGUAAGCAGCAUGAAUUACAACGCCUUCAAAGAUAUCCGACAAAUAGGCAAAUCUACACAGUCCGGCUGGAUGAACUGUUUUGAAUAUUAUUUAUUUGAUUUGCAAGCAAAUGAAUAGCUCAGCGUCCUGGGAGAUUUUAUCUUAGAAUUUCGAGGUCAUUAUAGUAAUAACUGAACACAUUGUAAUACGGAAAAAUGACAAAUAACAGCACAAAACGCAGCUAAACGCGGGCAAGAAAGACUUCCAACCAUAAGCCACGUUCACGUGAUACGUAGAAUUACACUGCUUUAACUAGGAAAGGAUUUUUAAAUCCUUUUUCUUAAAUCCUUUUCGUUUGAAAACUUUUUAGAAGAACAGAGGAAUUAAGUAUUGUAUCGUUUUACGAACCUAAAAAAGAAGGCCCACUGUUUCGUUUUACAAACCCUUUUAAAAUGCCAAGUACACUACUUUAAAAACACGGAACGAUGUAGCCUAGAGGCUUGCAAACCGUUUUAGUAAUGACGUGUCACGAUACUUGAAGUGACAAAAGACCACCCAUCUUCAGUAAUCUGUAGUGCAGAUAAGAGUACAAUGUAUAUUUUUUGCCGUCAGAUUAAUUACCUGGACUUUUAAACCGAGCUUUGAAAAUAUAUAAAAUAAAACAUGAAGCAAAUCCUCCUCAGUCUUCUGACAAAGGACUGUUUUUUUGAUUUAAUCGUGAAAAAACCGCUGGGUAUUAGAAAAGACAGAGAAAGAAUAAAUUUGCAACCUGUCAAUUAACAAUAUUGUAAUCAUAACCGACCUUUUUAAAAUCCUCAUUUGUCCUAACAUUCGUUAAAUUAUUGCAAUGCACAAUCACACGUAAGUGCAUGGGGAAGAAGACACAUGGCGGCUGAGAAUUUGACUGAAGAGGAGGAAAAGACGUCACUUGAAAAAUACUUUUGCUCUACAGAAUUAGUUGAACAAGUAAACGGUCAUUUAAUAAGUCUUUCAGUUUUUCACAUCUUACUGUCCAUUACCGCAGUUCUGGGAAACGCCCUAAUUCUAACUGCUCUCUACAGAGAAUCUUCACUUCAUCCGCCGUCCAAACUGCUAUAUUGUAACUUGGCGAUAACUGAUCUCUGUGUUGGUUUCAGUGCGGAUCCUCUAGCCGUUAUACGCUGCACGGCUCAGAUGAACAAGCAAUGGAAUAUUUGUCGCAAAGUAUUUAACUACAAUAUCAUAAUUAGCUAUACUUUGUGUUCCGUAUCUUUGCUGACAGUGACCGCAGUAAGCAUGGACAGACUUCUCGCUCUGUUGCUAGGGCUCAGAUACAGACAACUUGUUACUUCGAAGAGAAUGUAUGCAGUAAUUGCCAUACUGUGGGCUAUGUCCAUUAUCACCGCCACUAUGUACUAUUUAAAUCCCCAAAUCACUUUUUGGUAUGGCAAUAUCGGUAUAUCACUGUGUUUAGUCACCUCAAUCAUCGCUUACACCAAAAUUUUUCUCACUCUGCGACACAGCCGAUUUAAAGUACAAGGUCACCUUUCUCAAGCACAACCAAGUCAAGCAAUUCCGCUUAACAUAGCACGAUACAGAAAGGCAGUGUACAGUGCACUGUGGGUGCAAGUAACAUUGGUUCUCUGUUAUCUGCCGUAUGGUAUCGCGGUAGCUCUGACGCCAGAAAACGGUUUACCUUUAUCCGUUUACCUUGCUAGAGAGUAUACGCCUACUUUUGUUUACUUGAACUCGUCAUUAAACCCGUUGUUGUACUGCUGGAAGAUCAGAGAAGUCAGACAAGCGGUGAAAGAAACUCUCCGACAAAACUGCUGUUCAACAAGUUAAUUUGA